AUGACGAACCAGUUGCCGCCGGCUUUGGCAGAUUUUCGCGGCUGCUCAAAGAUAGAUGACUACUCUGUUCUGGAGAAACUGGGAGAGGGAACGUUUGGCGAGGUGCACAAGGCUUCGUACAAACCGACUUCACAGCUGGUAGCAUUGAAAAAAAUUCUGCUUCAUAAUGAAGAGGAGGGUUUCCCUAUAACAGCUCUGAGGGAGAUCAAGAUCUUGAAGGAACUUCAUCAUGAGAAUAUAAUCCCGCUGCUCGAUAUGAGCGUUCAAAAGGGCGAUAGAGCCAAUCGCAAGCGCUGCACCAUGUAUAUGGUUACGCCAUAUAUGGAUCAUGAUCUGACUGGACUGCUGGAGAAUCCUCGGGUCAGGUUGACUCUGCCACAGAUCAAAUGCUAUUUUCAACAACUCUUGCAAGGAAUGAACCAUAUACAUCAACUGAAAUAUUUACACCGAGAUAUCAAAGCAUCCAACAUCUUAAUUGAUAAUAACGGCAUAGUCAAGAUUGCUGAUUUUGGUCUGGCAAGACAGUAUUUGGGCCAGCGUCCAACUGAAAAAGGUGGUGCUGGACCUGGCAAGCACAGAUAUACUGCUAUGGUUGUAACCAGAUGGUACAGACCUCCAGAACUCAUAUUAGGUGAAGCGAGAUAUACAACUGCCAUCGACAUGUGGGGAAUUGGAUGUGUUUUUGCUGAAAUGUUCAGACGCAAACCUAUUCUUCAAGGACAUUCCGAUACAGAUCAAGGUCAUUUAAUAUUCCAGUUGCUUGGAUCUCCGACUCAAGAAACCAUGCCUGGAUACGAUAAACUUCCAGUCGCUGAAAAGACCACUUUUGGGCCAUACAAGAGACAGUUUGAAGCUGUCUAUAGAGAUCUUCCUGAGGAAGCUCGAGAUUUGUUAAGCUCUUUAUUGCGAUUAGAUGCCGAAAAGCGAUUGUCCGCUUUAGGUGCUCUGGCACAUAGUUUUUUCCACACUGAUCCGCCAGCUGCUCGACCAGAAGAUUUGCCAAAGUACGCUGAAUCUCAUGAAUUAACUGCUAGAAAAAACCGUCAGAAUAAGCAGAAUAAUGAAAAUAAUAACGGCCACUCUAGACCACACGCUCCAAAUGCCCCCCAUGCUCAAAAUGCAGUCUAUGCUCGAGCCAAUGAGUUAGACAAUUUUGAAGCUGGUAGAUUGGACAGCGCUGAUGGUCGUCAUGGUGUUGGUCGUGGUGGUCGCGGUGACCGUUUUGAUAACGAUUAUGACCGACGGAACUAUCCAAAUGAUGGCGCCAGGUAUCAUAUUAAUAAUGGCCAUGGGUAUGGCCAAGGAUAUAAUCAGGGCCAUGGUCACGGAUAUGGUCACAAGCCCCAUGGCUAUGGUGGUUAUAACAACAACUACAACAAUCAUCCUAAUAAUUACAACAAUAACAAUCAUGGCAACCACCACAAUAACUACAACAACAAUUACAAUGGCCACAACAAUUACAACAACCCGAGCAAUCAAGCUAAUUUUAAUAACCGCGGCGGUCAGCCAGGUUCAUACAAUAGAGGGACGGGAUUUCGCUCUUACAACCCGCCAGUCGUUCCACCAUAUCGUAAAGGCAAUGGUCCUUAUCCAGUUCAUCAUCCACAACCUCCUCCAGGUCCACCACCUGCGCCUCCUUAUAGACGCUCUCAGCCCCCACCGCCACCUCCAUCACAUCCUCCUCCACCUCAUGACCUUGACCCUCCAUAUAGGAGAGGGGUGAGGCCAGAUGAAGCACCCGCAGCUCCUCCCUAUCGCCAGGCUCCGGGAACUGGUCCAUCUGGCUUAAAUUAUGAUGAGGAUAAUCGUCAAUAA